UGGAGCCAGAUUAUACGGUCAUAGGAAUCUGUUGUUGGAUUCUUAUUAUCUACACAAUAUUUUGGGCUAUUUGGAUGAGCUAGAGUUUUUUUCCUUUUUGUUGGUUUUGAUAGUCUAUAGCUAAUCCAAACAUUGCCUAAGAGAUCUUUUGCAUGCGUUCGUCGCUUGCGGAUAAAUGCUACCUGUUUGAAAGCAAUCUUUCUUCAGGCGGUCGGCGGUCGCGGUCUCGCGAUCAUAGCAAAGCAAUGGUAACGACCCUGACUGAUCAGCACCAUGCAACAUUCUUGUCCGAGCUCUGGUGAUGACAGAUAAGUACAGCCACCCUGCAGCAGCGGGUCCAAGAAAUUAGGCUGAAUGCCUGAGCUGAACGUGCUUCGAAAGGGAUAGGUGGGCCAUUCCCAACGUUUACAACUCGUCUUGUCGUCUUCAGUAAACCACAAUGGCACUGUCCCUCGCACUAAGGGUCUUGACUUCCGCGCCCAUGCUCCUAUAUAGAAUUAGAGUUCAGCCAUUUGCUGUUACAACUUGCAAGUACCGAUCGAGCAGCUAAUAGCUAGCACUCCUAGGAGAUACAGCCGCAGAAUGGAAGCGAACGGGUCGCAACAUCCUCUGCCCAGCCGUAACCUCAGCGCCGAUGUGGAUCACGAGUCCCUGCAGCCGCAGCCCAGUGGUGCCAGGAGCAAGGGGGGAUGGAUCACCUUCCCCUUCCUCGCAGUGGCGAUGCUCGGGCUGGGGGUGGCGAGGGGUGGCGCGACGAGCAACUUUGUUGUCUACCUCGUGAAGAAGUACAACGUGCCUCGCGUCGACGCGGCGCAGAUCUCCAGCAUCGCCCUCGGAUGCCUCAGCUUGGCCCCUGUCGGCGGCGCCAUCGUCGCCGACGCCUUCUUUGGCUGCUACCCUGUCGUCGCCGUGUCCAUGGUUUUCUCUGUCCUGGCCUUGGUCAUGUUCACCCUCACGGCGAGCCUGCACGACCUCCGUCCGGCGGCGUGCCAUCCCGGCGCCGGCCCGUGCGAGCCGACCUCGACCGGGCAGAUGGCGGCGCUGUACGCCGCGGUGUUCAUGCUGUGCGUCAGCGCGGGGGGCGCCCGGUUCAACCAGGCGACCCUGGGCGCGAGCCAGUUCGACGCCGCGGCGGACCGCGACGUGCUCUUCAACUGGUACUUCGUCUUCUUCUACGCCUCCUCCGUGGUCGGCUCCACCGCCAUCGUCUACGUCCAGGACAACGUGUCGUGGGCGCUCGGCUACGCCAUCUCCGGAGCCGCCAGCUUCGCGGGGCUCGCCGCGCUGCUCGCCGGCACGCCGUACUACCGACGGCCCGGCGCGCGGGGCAGCCCGUUCACGGGGCUCGCGAGGGUGGCCCUCGCCGCGGCCAGGAAAUGGAAAGUCAACUUGGCGACGUCAGAGGAGCUGAGGUUUUACCACGGACGACGGAGCAGUGCCGGUGACAAGGACGGCGACGUCAGCGGCGCUACUAGCCUUGCUGCUCCAAGCAACAGCUUCAGCUUCCUGAACCGCGCUGCACUGAUCGCCGACGGCGAUGUCGUUCCGGCGGAUGGGUCCGUGUUCCGGCCGUGGCGCAUCUGCACGGUGCAGGAAGUGGAAGACUUCAAGGCGGUGGUCCGCAUCCUGCCGCUCUGGAGCGCGUCCAUCGUCCUCAGCGUCGCGUUCGGCACGCAGAUCAACUUCACCGUCCUGCAGGCCCUCGCCAUGGACCGUGGCCUCGGCCGCUUCACCGUGCCGGCGGGCUCCAUGAGCGUCGUCAUCCUCAUUUCCAUCGUCUUCUCCCUCAUCCUCCUCGACCGCGCGCUCCUCCCGCUCUGGCGACGCCUCACCGAGCACACCCCGACGCCGCUGCAACGCAUCGGCGCGGGCCACGUGCUUGCAAUCCUCAGCCUCGCCGCGUCCGCCGCCGUCGAGCGCCACCGCAUGGCGACCGUGCGCACGCACGGCGAGGAGGGCCACCAGGCGUGGGUGUCGUCGCUGUCCGCGAUGUGGCUGGUCCUGCCGCUCGCGCUGGCCGGCGCCGGCGAGGCGCUGUACUUCCCCGGGGGCGUGACACUGUACUACGAGGAGUUCCCGCCGUCGCUCAAGAACACGUCCACGGGCAUGGUCGCCGUGAUCAUCGCGCUCGGGUUCUACCUGAGCACCGCCCUCGUCGGCGUCGUCCGGCGCACCACGGCGUGGCUGCCGAACAACAUGAACGCGUCAAAGCUGGAGAACCUCUACUGGUUGCUCACGGUGAUGGCGACCGUCAACUUCGGGUACUACCUGUUAUGUGCCAAACUGUACAAAUACCAAAACGUUGGUAAGUAGCUCGAUCAAGUGUGCAGAGCGUACUUUGAACAAAUGUGCCGCGUGCCAUACUUGUUUAAGCUGUAAACAAUGCAAGGUGUGGGCUGUAAACAAUGCAAGUCACACCUUGCUCUGUUCUUUGCUAAAGUGGAAUGGCGAAAUGUGGGCAUCAA